AUGACCACCUUCGACCUUGUCGUCUACGGCUCAACGUCCGCCGCCGUCGCCGCCGCCAUCCAGGCCGCCCGCCUCGGCCGCUCUGUCGUCCUUGUUUCACCGCAUGCGCACAUUGGCGGCAUCCAGGUCGAGGGUCUGGGCGGCUCCGACAUUGACAACCAGGCCGAGUUCCAGAACAGCACGACGCUGGGCGGUCUGAACUUGGAGCUGCACGAGCGUAUUUCCAGCGUCUACGGCGGUGAACGGCCCGACCGCCUGAAACGAGCGGUUGCCGAGAAGCUGCGGGACCCGGACGUAUGGCGCUUCGAGUCGCACGUGGCCGAGGCCGUGAUCCAGGCCUGGCUGGCCGAGUACCCGGACCACAUCACCAUUAUCCACUCAGCGCUCGCAGAAGGGGCAGGGUCCGUCCAGAAGAGUGAGGCCGGUGUCGUCGAGAGCAUCCGCCUCGUCCGCGGCGACUCCGUCCGCGGCCGCGUCUUUCUCGAAGCGUCGUAUGAGGGCGACCUGCUGGCCGCUGCCGGCAUCUCCACGACCCACGGCCGCGAGGCCCAGACCGUCUAUGGCGAGUCCCUGGCCGGUGUCCGCGGCACCACGUCCUACCGCCAGCUCGACGUCCGCGUCGACCCCUACAUCGAGCCCGGCAACCCCGCGAGCGGCUUGCUGUACGGCGUCUCCCCCGAACCCUUUGGCACGCCCGGCGACGGCGACGACCACCUCCAGUCCUACUCCUUCCGCGUCCCGCUGACCGACGACCCUGCCAACCGCGUAGAGGCCCUGGGCGGAUCCGCACCGCCCCCGGGCUACGUGGCCAGCCGCUACGAGCUGCACCGCCGCUUCCUGCGUGCCGGCGGCUCCAUGUACUCGCCGUCGCUCAAAGUCCCCCGCCGCAAGACCGACCUCAUCGGGUCCGAAGCACCCCUCGCCACCGAUUUGCUCGGCCUCAACGACGAGUGGCCCGUGGCAACGUACGCGCGGCGCGCCGAGAUUCUGGAGGAAGCCACCGCCUUCACGCAAGGGCUGCUCUGGUUCUUUGCCAACGACGCGGCCGUCCCCGCGUCCCAUCGCACCCAGUGGGCCCGCUUUGGCUACUGCCGCGACGAGUUCCCCGACCAUGCCCAUUUCCCCCGCCAGCUCUACGUCCGCGACGCCCGCCGCAUGGUGUCCGACUACGUGAUUACGGAGGCCACCGCGACCGAGGGCAGCGCCGCCGCCGCCCCCGACGCCUUCGAACCCGACGUGCCGGACCCCGUCGCCCUCGCCUUCUGGCCCACCGACACGCACAGCGUGCGCCGCAUCGUGCGCGACGGCCAGCCCCACAACGAGGGUUUUGUGUUCAAGGACGGCCACCACCGCUGGCGGCCCUUUGGCAUCGCCUACCGCGCGCUGGUGCCGCGCCGCGCCGAGGCCCGAAACGUCCUGUCAGCCACCUGCCCGAGCGCGUCGCACGUCGGCUACGGCGCCGUGCGGCUCGAGCACCAAUUUUACGCCCUGGGCCAGGCGUGUGCGAAUGCGGCCGACCUGGCGCUGUCCCGGCAGCUCCGUGUCCAGGACGUGCCCUACCCGGCGCUGCGGGCCCGUCUCGAGGCGCAGGGCGUAAAAGUGGACGUCACGACGGUGGGCAAGCCGACGUUUCCAGAGUAA